AUGCAUGGGGGCCCCCUACAGGGGGGCCCCCUCUUGUGCCCUUUGCUGCUUAAAAAUUUCGUAUGGGUCGUGCUGAGGCCCCUGCGCAUGCACCAAUGUGUCUUAGCAGAGAAAGAAGAGUCUCAGUGGCUGCAGCGAGAGGUCCUUACUGUUGCAGCAGAUGCAUUGCUGCAGCCUGCUGCUGCUGCUGCAGCAGCAGCUGCUGCUGCUGCUGCAACACCCCCUUCUCUGCUCAUGGGGACCAAUGGCCUCGCUUCUGGUGCUGCUGCUCCGCCUCCUCCAGAAGCACCACAAGAAGUUACUGCAGCAUCAGCAGCAGCAGCAGCAGCAGCAGCAGCAACAGCAACACGUCGGAGGACUACUAGCAGGAGAAGAAAGAGGGCCUCAGUAGCAGCAGCUCAACAGGAGCUGCCUAAACAAGGGGGAGAGGAUUUCACACCUGCAGCAGCAGGAGCAAAGGAGGUUGCUGCUGCUGCUGCUGCUGCUGUCAAUGAGAGACAGCAGGCCUUCUUGCUGCACCUGUUCGGCCUGUCUCCUGCUGCUCACCCCACAAGCCUUGAGCUGUCUCUCAGCUCGCCAGCAGCAGAAGCAACAGAUGUGCUGCUCCAAGGGCCUGGUUCCCCUGGCACUGGAGAGACCCGCCAUGCAGCAGCAGCAGCAGCAGCAGCAGCAGCAGCAGCAGCAGAGGGGAAAGCAAGACGGUCAGCUUCAACUCUAUCAGACGCCCAGCAGCAACGAGCACACAGGAGGCCCCUGGAGGCCCUCCUGACAUACAAGCCGCGGCGCUUCCUGCGGAUGCUGGGUAAGCAGCAGGAAGAGGUGCAGGACUCUGCAUCUGCUGCUGCUGCAGCAACAGCAGCAGCAGCAGCAGCAGCAGCAGCAAGAGGUGGAGAAGCUUCAAAGAAACAGCUGCUGAGACCCACGACAGCAAAGGCCCUCAAUACUGAGAGAAUGCGGAGACUCCAGAAAGACAGUAUUCAGCCAGAGGGGAUGCGCAUCAAGUCUUACCCAGGCUUCAGAGCAGCCCCAGAGGAGGAGACAGUCUCUCUUAGUCGCGCGGAUUCUCUCUCUCUGUCUCUGCAGUUUUCUCCUGGGCUCCCCUGCAAGCACCAGCUCUCUCCUUAUCCUAUGGGGGGCCCCUACCAGGCGAGCCCCCAGGGGGCCCCCCAGGGGGCCCCCCAGGUGGUCCCCGCGAGGCCCCCCCUACACUCGCUGCAAGCCCCCCACUUCAAACCCCCACAGGCACGAGGGGACGAGGCCCCUACCCUGGCGGUAGAUGCACGCAGACACCGCCUGGGGCCCCCCCCUACCUUUGCUAGAACAGCUGAAGGGGGGGGCCCCCCGGGCCUCCAGCGUCUCAGUGGGGGCCCCACCCCCAGGGGCCCCCGCCAGAGCGUCUCCUUGGCUCAGGCCUUUCUCAACCUCCAACCCCAAGACAGCCAGGACUGGGGAGACAGCGACUCUAUAGAUGCAGCAGCAGCAGCAGCUGCUGCUGCAGCAGCUGCAGCAGCAGCACCAGCAGCAGUACCACUUCGCACCUGUAGCUCCGCAGGAUCUGCUUCCUAUGUGCAUCCGCUUACCGACGUAGAUGAUGCACGAGCAGCCUUUGCUGCAGCUCCUGCUGCUCCUGUUGUUGCUGCUGCUGCUGCUGCUGCUGCUGCUGCUACUGGGCUAGAGACUGCUGGAGUCUCUGCGGCGGCGACAGGAGCAGUUGCUGCUGCAGCAGUUUCCCCUUAA